CACCGGAACCAUGUGUGACCAGCAGCAGAUUCCGUGUUGCCUGCCGCCCCCCCAGUGCUGUGUGAAGGGUUCCUCCUUCUUCCCCUCCCCGUACCCUUCUCCCCAGGGCCAGGUGGUAGUUCAAGCCCCUUGUGGGAUGCAAAUCGUGGAGUGCCCUGCACCAUGCCCGGUUCAAGUCUCCGAGGUGAAGUGCCAAGCUCCCUGCCAGUCCCAGACCAUCCAGGUGAAAAGCCAGGCUCCGUGCCAGUCUCAGACUAUCAAGGUGAAGGGUCAGGCUCCGUGCCAGUCCCAGACCACGCAGGUGAGCAGCCAGGCUCCGUGCCAGCCUGAGGUUUGCUACGUGCAGUGUGGAGCCCCAUGCCCUGUUCAGACCUGCUUUGUAGAAUGUGCUCCAGCUUGUUAUACAGAAACUCGCUACGUGGAAUGCCCCGUCCAAACCUAUGUACCCUACCCAGCUCCCCAGCCUGUCCAGAGGUAUGUAGCGUACCCCUCAGCAUGCCAGACUCAGGGUAGAUUCUCCACCCAGUGCCAAUAUCAGGGCUCCUUCGGCGGCUGCGCCCCCCAGCGUCAGUCCAGGGCUUCAUUUCGCACGUAUGCACCCCAAUGCCAGAGCCAGGGCUCUUAUGGGGGCUUCCCCAUGCAGCGUCGCGCUAGGAGCACCAGCAGAUGCCUCCCUCCACGCCAGAUGCGGCCUUCUUACCGCAGCUGCUCCCCACCUCGCCAGAUGCGGCCUUCUUACCGCAGCUGCUCCCCACCUCGCCAGAUGCGGCCUUCUUACCGCAGCUGCUCCCCACCCCGCCAGAUGCGGCCUUCUUACCGCAGCUGCUCCCCUCCACGGCUCUCCGAGCCCUACUACAGCAGCUGCAUGCCAUCCAGAUGUGCUUCGGGUUCCUAUAACUACUGCACCCCACCCCGCCGCUCUGAGCCCAUCUACCACAGCGGCGGUGCUCCACGUCCCACUCCGAGCUGCUCUCAGAGACGCGGGCCCAGGUGCCGCAUAGAGAUCUCCUCGCCCUCCUGCCCCAAGCAGGUGCCCCCCCAGAGGCGUCCCGUUCAGGUCCCUCCCAUCGGACGCUGCUCUGAGCGCUGUGCUCCACGACCCUCCUGGGGGACCUCCUGCCCGGAGCUGAGACCACGCGCGGAGCCGCGUCCACUCCCAAGCUUCCGUCCACCCCGGAGUUUUGACCAGUGCCCAGUUCCUGCCCCGCGGCCGUCACGCCCGGCACGGUGCGAGAGCCCGGAGCGCCGCCGGUGUUCUCCGCCACGGCGAUUUCCCGAGCCCUGUCUGUGUCCCGAACCAAGUCCGGCCCCGCGUCCAGCCCCACGAUCCGGCCCAACGCGGUGCGAGUUUCCGGAGCCGCGCCCGCAGUCCUGUGAGCGCCCAGAACCUUGUCCGGAGCCAAUUCCCCUCCCGGCACCCUGCUCAAGCCCAGAGCCCUGUGUGCAGCCGCAGCGCUGCCCCAGCCCCUGCUCAGGCCCGAAUCCAAUGCCAGGCUCAGGAGACUUCGGCUGUCAUGAGUCCCGCCCAGGCCGCCUAGACAUGGAGGGCCCCAGCUGUGGCCCAGCUGCUUAUAACCAGUGCGGAGAGGGGGACGCUGGCUAUGGACCUUGUGAUGUGUUCCCAGAGCCGCGGGGUCUGGGCGGUUAUGGGGACCAAGGAGGCGCCUCUGUUGGAGUGAAAGGGGGGAACUAUGCUGGAGUGAAGAGCGCCUACUUUUAAAGGAAGCGAGGCUGAAACAUCCCUGCCUCCGGCCCUGAAAAGGCGGCUCCUCCCCUCCCAGCCCUCACCAUUUCCCUGCUCUUGUUUGCAAUGCUCCAAAGACAGUCAGAGGCUCCCUGCUGCAGAGGCGAUGUCCUCUGCAUGUCAUCUUAGGACCCACACCUGCGUCUCAGACACCUCUGCAGCCUCAUGUCCGACACCUCUCCCAUAAGCAUCCUCUUGUUCCCGCCAGACCAGUCUCACAACCAGGGCACAUCUUGGGUGUUCCCCAGGACAUACCUUAGCUAUCCCUGCCUCCAAGCCUCUGUCCACUCCUCACCCCCGGGAUUCCUGGACCACGUCUCCGCUCCUCCCAGUAUCUGAAACCCAGCCCAUCUUUCAAGACCUCUUCCUUGGAGCCUUUUCUGCUUGUUCCUAAGCACAGAAGCCUGCGCUGACUUCCUAGAAUGCACUGCAUCGUCCACACCAUCCAUUUGGCAAGUGCCUUGCAACAUCUCUUGAACUAUUUAAUUUUUCAGGAGUGUCUGUCUUACCUGCCCAGCUAGAUUGUAAACUCCCAUGUGAGUGGAGUCAGAAUAUCCCUAAAGUCCCUUGCUUCUCCCGGAGCAGGCAGCUACUCCUCAAGGUUUGUUGGUUGGCAGCUUGAGCCAUGAUCGGUCCUGAUGGGCAACCCCAAACCUGGGACAAGAGGAGACCAUGUAACAAUAAAGAUGAUGCUACACUCGGAUCCUGA